GAGAUUUCUAUGAAGUGAAAACUGGUGAAAACUAGAGACUAUUACGAACUGAGCUGUUUUUUUUAAAACUAUAUAAUAGAACUGCUUUUUAGUUCUAUUAAAUUAGACAUGGCGAUUUUUAUUAUCCAAUUUAAUUAAUUGGACGGAAAAAGCCUCGAGGAAUAGAAACUUUUUGUCAAUUUUAUUUGACAACAGUUUUUUUAAAACUCUCGAACGAAUUUUUCCAAAGUUAUCUUCGGCUUUAAGUUCAAGUAAUAAUGGCAUUAUCAUUGUUUGGCAUAAUCUUAACAUCAUGACUGUUGAAAGUGAGGAAACCGUGAACUAAGUACAGCGGUUGUGGAUGGUAGUGUCAAUUAAUGCCGAUAAGUGGAUACACUAAUGGUGUGGCGGCGACGGUUUUGGUGGCGUUAUUACUAGUCCCUGUCCAGUACUACAUACCUGAUCUACAUUCAGGCCUACCUGAACCAGCACCAGCACCGCCCUCCUCGUAUGCAGCAGUGUCAUGGGCGCAUCUAGAUGACUAUCCGAAAUUCGAUAUCAUUGUUGCUAUUACAUUUGUCCUGUUGGUGUUCGCAAUUUUUAUUUGUGAUUGGAUACAGAGGAAAUUGCUAGAAAGACGCGUUCUCAAGUUGAAUAAGUACCUGCAAGAAUGCAUAGAGAACAUCUGCAGCUGGGACGCGCGGCAGGAGCAGCUGGAGACAAUGAUGCAGACGGUGCGCAGCGCCACCGCCGAGUACAGCUUGCUGCUGUUCCUGGUGCUGCGCAAGCACCGCCUGGCGCCGCACAAGGGCCCGCCCUCCUACCGCUUCGGCGACAAGAUACUCGAAGACUUUAUACCUUUCGUCAAAAAUACUGAUCUCUAAUCCUCUCAGAGCACUGAUUUUAUUUUGUACCUUUCAUGAAAUUAUAAUUUUUUAACUGUUUA